AUGUCCAGCUCCGAGCCUUCGAAGAACCUCACCGGCUCGAAUAGGAGAGCUGUCUUGAGUUUAACUGCAAAGGAAACCAAGGCACUCCUCCCUCAGAUCUUGGCUGUGGUUCCCCACGCUCCUCCUACUGGGAUUCGUUGCUCGCGGGAUACGAUGCCGGUGCUGGACUCUAAGUAUAGUCCAAAUCUCAACACCCAAGUGGAAGUUGUGAAUGGCGACGCUUUCAAUAUAGCUAUCAGCCUCACCAGCCCCACGGACACCAAAAGCGUCUGCGUACUGAAUCUGGCUAGCGAUAAGAGUGCAGGUGGUGGUUGGCUUCGGGGAGCCUUGGCCCAGGAGGAAGAACUUUGUUAUCGCAGUAGUCUUAGUUUCACGCUUAAGCUACGAUACUACCCUUUACGGAAUCACGAUGCUAUUUACUCCCCAACGGUUAUAGUGUUUCGUGAGAAUUUCACAGACGGACACAGAUUAAUGGACCUACAAAGGCCCGAGUCUCUACCCAUUGUCAGUGUGGUCAGUAUGGCCGCACUGAGGAGGCCGGACGUAGACCGGAGCACACAGCCCCCACGGUACAAACACAUCGCGGAUCGCGCAUUGACGAAGGACAAAAUGCGUGUGAUUCUCCGUGUUGCAGCCUACAACAAACAUCGGAAACUUGUUCUAGGUGCCUUUGGCUGUGGUGCUUUCGAUAACCCAAAGGAAGAGGUCGCGAAUUGUUGGGCAGAGGUUUUGCAGGAACCGGAGUUUCAAGGAUGGUGGGAGAACAUAGUGUUUGCGGUUCUGGAAAACACAGGCGAUCUCGCCAAAAGCAAGGGAAAUUUCAACGUUUUCCACAACAGGUUGCAUGGGCUGAGAGUGUAA